ACUUGAGGGUGAAUAAAUGAUGACAGAAUGCUCAUUUAUAUGUGAACUAACCCUUUAAGCAAUUUAUGGACACUUAAUUACUAUAUUAGUGUUUAAAUCCACGAUCAAUAGACAAACCGGCUAAAUAAUUGAUGUUUAAUGCUGCCUUCACGUGCUAUCAGAAAUUUCCUACUUCCCACUUCUGAAGUCGUGAUUACGAGCUUGACACAUUCAAGUGCUUUGUUGUCAGAAAGAACAGGAAUCAUGGAGGACAUUGGGUUUAUUCUUGCCUAUUUCUUGAGGAAAUCUUAUUAAAGCCAAAGUGUAUUGAAGAUAUUUAAUUUUGAAUAAAAUGUAGAGUCCCAUUCAUUGACAAUAUCAACAAUGACCGCACAUCUACACAGAGAGCUUUCUGACGAUUCAGGAAUUUCGGUCAUACAAGCAAUUUUCGCUGUGUAUAAAACACACAAUAUGGUUAUUCAUACAUGUAAAUAUGUACUACUUUAACAAAACUUGACUGUUGUGGAAAAAACUAAUCAAGAAUAUCAGUCACAGCAGCAAACGUUCUCCAUGUUUAAAGUUUAAGGUCCGCCCCAAAUCAGGAAUUUGGGUAUCACAAUUAUCUCUGAGUUUCCCAGUAGUAAAUACGACUUGAGAGGGUGUUCAGUUUUUAACUAGGAAACUUGUGAUAAGACUGAUAGCACGUGAAGCUAACGUAAAUCUUUCUGAUGUGACUCUAUCCAAAAUUUCUGUACUUUGAGAGAGUUGUGGAAAUAAUCAUGCAUCUGUCUGUGAAUUACAAAUUACAAAAUGUUACAAUAGAAACUACAAAUGCAUGUUUUUUUCAGGGUGUCGCCUCAUGACAUUCAGUUCCCUGUGCAGCAUGUCUGAACGUGUUUGACUGAGCUGCACAAACGUGGAGGAUUAGAGGCAUUUUGCUGCAGGUCCCUGGGCUCUUGGGUUUUAAAAUCAGCUGAAUUAAUUAUGCUCUUUUAUGGUGAGGACAUUGUGAACAAAACUGACCCACGUGACUAAAAUAAUGAAUGACUCAGGAUAACUGGCACUGGCAAACUCAUUCCAGACCAUUAUUCCCACAAUCUCUGGUAUGUUAUAGAGUAAAUCGCUCUGUAAGAGUAAUAUUCCAGUAAUUUCACCCAUUUAACUAGCUUUGCCUCCCCAUGUGUGUGUUGUUGUGUAUUUAUGUGACCCAGCAGUCACAUGGUAUUUACUCUCACAUGGAUUGACUCCAAGACGCUGACCUUUUGCACACUCUACAGCCUACGUGUGUAUUUCUGAGAGCAAGUGUGUGAAGUUUAGCACUUUUGUCUCAGUAUACAUUCAUCGUUAUGCAUAAUGCAAAAACACAUGCACACGUGUCAACUUUAACAUCCAAACCUCAACAAGCACUAUAUCAAAAUCAAUAUGACAAGAUGCUCACAGGCAAACAGAUCAAUAACUCAUGCUGAAAUAUAAACUACAGGUGAAAAGUACAGUAAGUUGGUAUAUAAACAGCAUUUAGCAUGCCAUGGAGAGAUUAGAUAACUCACUGAUUUAAUUCCUGUGUGUGUCUGUUUGAUCAUAACUAAGCCGGCUUUGGGUUUGACCUCUGGCAUUAUAUCAUAGCGAGAAACAUAGAACUUAGUGAUCAAAUCACUAGAUCAAAGUGUAAGCAAAAAAUAGUGAUGCUUGACUUUAAACCCCAUUAUUUCUUGUGUUGUGGGUAGACACUUCACACUAGUCUGCCGGAUUAUUUCGGAUGGCAGGUGAUGCUGAUUUAGCGCCAGCGGGUGAUGCUGCCCUUCCUCUGUUCCUGCCACUGACUGACCUUGAGAUCAUUAACUAUUAAGCUCAUAAACUGGUUCAUUAGUGCUGCAGCGCAGUACUCUUAUCUGCCCUGAUCGUGACCCUGACCUGGAGGCAUUGGAAACAAGAAUCCUGCUUUGUAGUCUUUCUUUUAUCAUAUGAAGCACUAAGAGUUUGAGUAUGUUGGUAAGCAGCUGUAUAAUGGGUUAUACUCUCACUAAUGGCUCCAGCACAUCUGUCUAAUCUGAGCUUUAAAAAGUGACUUUUUGUUGGUUGGUUGCUUGCUUGCUUUCUGUCCCAAUGGCACGGCGUUAAUGUAUAUUAAAUAUCAUGGUUUCUACUGGUUCGUCCUAUUUUGUGUACUUCUGUGCUAAUGUACGCCAGUUUGAAGUGUAAUAGUGUGAGUUGUGUACUAUGAGCCGCUACAUUAGAAACAUAAUUCCCUUCAAAUGAAAAAUGUUUGGAAAUUGUUCCAUUUAGUUGACACUAUACCCUUAUAAAUUUGAUAUGCUAUGUACUUAUUGUAGUCUAUCCACCAUAUUUUUAGUGUAAGAUUGUUUAUUUUCGUGAUCAUAAACACUUGUUUUUUAGCACAAAUACCAUUUACUGCACACUUUGGUAUUCUUCUAAUUGCUUAUACCGGCUAACCGGAAGUCUCGCACAUUCACAGGAAAUAGCUUAAUUCUACGCUUAAAAAUAGGGUGGACAGAGCAAGUACACAAUGUACAGUACAUGAUUUGGGACGCAACUUUUAUCUUUAGACUCGCCCCGCCCACUAUUAAAUCUCAUUGGUCCGAAUCUCGCUCUGCAUUAUUGAAUAUUAGACAUCAACUAUGAUCUGAUUGGCUGCGACUGUAUCGCGUACUGCAGCAUUUUCACUUUCAGUGUUUAGACAAAAUUACGCUAAGGAUCACGUGACCUGCAGGAGCAGCAGCUGUCGGUGUUGUUUCACGAUCUCAGGACCAGAUUAAUGUCACUAUAUAAGAGCAGGACACAGAGACAGACAGAGACAAACAGCGCUGGAGACAUCUGAUCGUUUCUUUGAGGUCCAUUCUCAGGUUGUGUGAUGUGUAAGGGGUUGUCUGCCAUCCCCUCCUCAUGCCUGGAGAAGGCGAAGGGCAUGAGGGUCAAGCUAUCCCACCUGGCCGAAAAGCAGGAAUGGGUUUACAAACACAGAGCGAAUGAGGAAAAGCUGCCUCAGGACUUGGAGUCUCUGCUCAACAGCAAACUGGGCAUUCAGGCUUUCCGCUGGUUCCUGCGUUCAGAGUUCAGCGAAGAGAACCUUGAGUUCUGGCUGGCGUGUGAAGAAUACAAGAACUCGCCUGGAUCCAAACUGGCGGGAAAAGCCCAGAACAUCUACAACCAGUUCAUCAACCCCGACGCUCCUCACGAGGUGAAUCUGGACAGUGAGACACGCGAGGCAUUGACGGGGCUGAUGCAGGAGCCCACGGCGGACACGUUUGAUGAGGCUCAGCACCGCAUCUUCUCCCUGAUGGCCAAAGACUCAUUCCCACGCUUCCUGCGCUCCUCUUAUGGCCAGCAGCCUAUCAGAGUCCUGUGAGAUGCAUCAUGCUAUCAAACCCACUUUUUAGUUGUUUAGUUAAAGGAUUAUUUCACUUUAAAAUGAAAAUUACCCCAUGAUUUACUCACACUCAAGCCCUCCUGGGUGUAUAUGACAUUCUUCUUUCUGAUGAACACAAUCGGAGUUAUAUUAAUAAUCACCCUGAUGCUCCCAAGCUUAAUAACGGCAGUGAACGCAAACCACCUGUUUGAAGUUUGAAAAGUGCAUCCAUCCAUCAUAAACGUACUCCACACAUAAAAUAUCUAGCUUCCACCAGACCACCUUCCAUAUUCAACUUAUGAAGAAAGUGUAACGCCUCUCGCAGGUCAAAACGCUUACGCUACGCCUUCCCUUUUUCUGUAAGUUGAAUAGGGAAGGUGUAGGAUGUAGCAUAAGCGUUUUGAACUGCGAGAGUUUUACACUUUCUACAUAAGUUGAAUACAGAAGGCAGAAGCUAGAUAUUUUACUUCAUAACUUGUUUAAAUAGAUAUUUUUUUUACACAAACACAUCACUUCACUUCAGAAGGCUUUUAUUAACCCCCCGGAGCCGUGUGGAGUAUGAUGGAUGGAUGUGGAUGGAGACACUUUCAACUCACACUCAUUGAUCCUCGCUCACUGCCAUUAUGAAGCUUGGACGCGUCAGGAUAUUUAUUAAUAUAACUCCGAUUAUGUUAAUCAGAAAGAAGAAAGUCAUAUACACCUAGGAUGGCUUGAGGGUGAGUAAAGCUUGGGCUAAUUUUCAUUUGGAAGUGAACUAAUCCUUUAAUCUGUUGUCUGUAGAGAUGCAUGAGUCACGGUCAGUUAGGACAUAGUUUAGUAGGACAUGAACUCUUUAGCCAUUUCAAAACGUGUAAUUGCUCACUGUGCCUUUAUAUAUUUAAACCUGAUUUAAUAAAGUAACUUGCAUCACAA